AAAGGCUGGCAGCUUAAAAUAGAUCUGGGGAGGAGCUCAUUAACGUGACAGCCAAGUAGUUCAGCACCUUGGGCCUUUUAAAUUCUGGAAAUUACUUUGAGCCAUUUUUACUUCCUUUUAUUCAAUAGGCCAAAAAGGAAAAAAAAAAAAUACAGAUCUUUGUCAACAUAUUUAUCACAUCUUGCUGAUUAACUAAUUUAGACCAGCCAAGAUAAUUGUUCUCAGGGACACAGAAAUUCAACCUCUGUUCAGAAAAUCCAUGACAUCUGACGUAGGAGGAUUUAUAGGUUUAGUGGAAAUUGCUUUCUCCUGCUCACCAGAUUACGUACUGCUGGUUGAUUUUUUUUGCAUGAGUAAACAUCCUCCUAGUAAUGAACAGACCAAUAAUGUCUUAAGAAAGAAAAAGAACAUCCGUCUGCUUUUCACCGUUUCGGGAGAGAACUGUUUGGAUUUGGAUUUGGAAGCCCAUGUUGGCAGUCCACAGUAUGAAAUUUGGCAUCUUCCUAUUGUGGUGGGGAUGGGUUUUGGCCACCGAGAGCAGAGUGCACUGGCCAGGAAGAGAAGUACACGACAUGUCUAAGAAAGGCAGGCCUCAAAGACAGAGACGAGAAGCACAUGACGAUGCCCACAAGCAAGGCAGCCCAAUUCUGAAGCGCAGCCCUGACAUCACCAAGUCACCGCUGACGAAGUCCGAGCAGCUGCUGAGGAUAGACGACCAUGAUUUCAGCAUGCGCCCUGGCUUUGGAGGCCCAGCCAUUCCCGUUGGUGUGGAUGUGCAGGUGGAGAGCUUGGACAGCAUCUCUGAGGUUGACAUGGACUUCACCAUGACCCUCUACCUGAGGCACUACUGGAAAGACGAGAGGCUGUCUUUUCCGAGCACCAACAACCUCAGCAUGACAUUCGAUGGCCGGCUGGUAAAGAAGAUAUGGGUCCCCGACAUGUUCUUCGUGCACUCCAAGCGCUCCUUCAUCCACGACACCACCACUGACAAUGUCAUGCUGCGUGUCCAGCCUGACGGGAAGGUGCUCUACAGCCUCAGGGUCACAGUGACUGCCAUGUGCAACAUGGACUUCAGCCGGUUUCCGCUGGACACACAGACGUGCUCACUUGAAAUCGAGAGCUAUGCCUAUACAGAAGAUGACCUCAUGCUCUACUGGAAGAAAGGCAACGACUCCCUGAAGACGGAUGAGCGGAUUUCACUCUCCCAGUUCCUUAUUCAAGAAUUCCACACCACCACCAAGCUAGCUUUCUACAGCAGCACAGGCUGGUACAAUCGCCUCUACAUUAAUUUCACUUUGCGCCGCCACAUCUUCUUCUUCUUGCUCCAAACCUAUUUCCCUGCCACCCUGAUGGUCAUGCUGUCCUGGGUGUCCUUCUGGAUUGACCGCAGAGCUGUGCCCGCCAGAGUUCCUUUAGGCAUCACGACGGUGCUGACCAUGUCCACCAUCAUCACGGGCGUGAACGCCUCCAUGCCCCGGGUGUCCUACAUCAAGGCCGUGGACAUCUACCUCUGGGUCAGCUUCGUGUUCGUGUUCCUCUCGGUGCUGGAGUACGCGGCCGUCAACUACCUGACCACGGUGCAGGAGCGGAAGGAGCGCAAGCUGCGGGAGAAGCUGCCCUGUACCUGCGGGCUACCUCAGCCCCGCGCUGUGAUGCUGGAUGGCAGCUACAGCGACGGCGACGUGAACGACUUGGGUAACUACAUGCCGGAUUCCGGGGAGAAGCCCGACAGGAUGAUGGUGCAGCUGACGCUGGCCUCGGAGCGGAGCUCCCCGCAGAGGAAGAGUCAGAGAAGCAGCUACAUGAGCAUGCGGAUCAACACUCACGCCAUUGAUAAAUACUCCAGGAUCAUCUUUCCAGCAGCAUACAUUUUAUUCAAUCUAAUAUACUGGUCUAUUUUCUCAUAGAUACUAGUAGUUUGGCAAAUUCCACCUUUUUGUGGUAUGUAUUGCAGAAAUACCAUAUGAUGAAACCACUUUAAAGACUGUCUUCCUAAAAUCGUUCCCAGCAAUGUCUUCGUUAUUUCUUCUCCAGCUUUCCAAAACUACAUGGCUAAGACACUUGUUACGCUAAGCACCUUUGUACACACAGCAUUGUGCGAGGUGCUGUAGCAACUUGACAUCACAGCAACUGCUAUUAUUUCUCAGAUCUUCCAUGAAAGCUCAGUACCAGUGUUGUGGGCACACUAGGCCGUCCUCUUUUAGAUCCUAGGUGCUCAGUCACAUGAAUGAGUUCCUUCUUACGAGUGUCAUCAUAUUCUUUGAACAAGCUGGAUUGCAAAGCACUUGAAGUUCAUUUGUGUGGAAACUAGAGGCACUAAAUCCUCACUUUAACUGGGCUUCAUCCUUCAAUUUCCAGCCUACUGCCUAUUUUCUUUUCAUGUUUAACAAAAGGCAAUACUAUUUAGUAUAAUCCAUAUUUACAAACUGAGGUUCACAAGGUUGAAUGUUUUAAUGAGAAAAGCCCUUCAGAUUGGUGCGAUAGGUUCUGACUUGGUGGAGUUUCUCUGGGAGGGAAACACUGACAAUAAGUUCAUAUACACCCAUUUUUGUUUUGUGAUAGAAUUAGGCUAGAAAAGUUGUGUUUGUGUUCCCCUCACAUAAUCCCUGUCCCGUGCAUCUCUGGUUUGGAGCAGGUUCUCAUUCUAAAUGAUGUGGUCUCCUCGCUGACAAACGGGAGGAGACUCGUUUCCUCUGUACAAACAACACUCAAGAAAAUAAGUAAUUUGUAACUACUCAUAAGCCAUAAGAAAUACCUAGUUUCUUAAAGAGAAAAAGAACACCACAAUGCAAAAGAAAUGCGAAGACAUUGCUGAAUGUCUGCAUUUAUGUUCAGUGGAUACCAGCAUUUUUGUGAACCAGCAAACAGUCCUAUCUAGACCAGUGCAACUGCUAUCAGGGUAUGGGAUAAAAGGGGGGGGUUCUCAUUUAAUAUAUUAUCUUAAGACAGAGCUUUUCUAUGCUGUGUAUCUAUAAACUCUGUAGAUCAACCCCAACCAAAUUUAUCUAAAUAGCAUUUCUCAUAUUUAAAACUCAUUUUAAUAAAGUGAAUUAUAUGUCCCAUAACGUUUUAAUUUUAAAGUUAAUUUGAUCAAACUAAGUAAUAUAGCAUUUUUUCUGCAGGGCUAUAUUUAAUUCUGAUUAAAAAAAAACUUUGUUGAGUAAAUCCUAAUUAUAAGACAUCCUUCCAUUUCCCCAAUGAAAGCUCCACUGAGAAUAUUUUUUUGGCAAACUCAAGUAGUAAACUUAAAGGGAUAUAGAUAAAACCAUUAAAUGUUAACUUUUGAUAUUUAAAAAUACUUAGAAACAUUGCUUUUUCUAUUCUUAUUUUGUGAAACAAUUGCAGUCCAACUCUUCACAGACAUCUUUCCACUGUAUUUUUUCUUACCAGUGCCACUGAGUUGUGUAGGUUUUCAACACCCCAUCUGGGGGCCACAGAGAUAGCUCAGUAGAA